AGACUGUCGGGGGGUCCAGCUGGCGUCUCUCUUCAUGGCGGGCGUGGACACUGCUCUGUUGGUCAAUGACGUGUGUGGUCAGCCAUUACCAUGGGAACACUGCUGCCCCUGGGGCUUCUUCGACGGGAAACUGUUCCAGACCAAACUGGCCCGCGCCGCCCGAGACCGACUGGCCCUGUUCGACAUGUGUGAAGGACAGGAGGAGCUGGUGUCUCGUGUGGAGAAGAUGCGUCAGGCCAUUCUAGAUGGCAUCAACUUUACUCGUCCUCCUCCCCCUCUCCCGCCUCUUUCCUUCCUCCCCCCUCCCCCCUUCUACCCCCCACCCCCCCACUACCCCCCCCGGCCCAUGGGUAACAUGCCCCUCCACCACCCUCAUCAUCCUCACCACCACCCAGCCCAGCAUAGACCCAGAGGCUUCCCAGGUCUGCAGUCGAUCCCCCCCCAGGGAGGGAAGUUGGAGAUAGCCGGCAUGGUGGUGGGCCAGUGGGCCGGGAACAAACCACUGCAUGGCAGAGGGGGGUUCAACAUGCAGGUGGUGUCGGUCGGAGCAGGGAGCGGAAGGGGUAAGGACAUCCCAGUGAAAGCAGGACGAGGAGUUAAAAAGACACAUUCCCCCUCCUCCACCAGCCCCACCAAGCCUGAGGAGGAGGAGCCUAACUCGGGGGCCGUGACCCAGCAGCUGAAUGGCAGCCCUGCAGCCUCCGCUAUUGGCCAGCCUCUGGAUCUGCCCCCACUGGCCCAUCCAAUCCCGUGUGCCUUAGCAAGCAGAGACAACCAAACAGAGGAGGCCCCCUGUUGCCUUGACGACUGUCCGUCAGAUGGAACGCUAACGAAGGAGGCGUGACGAGGCUUUCCCAGAAUGCACCAGGGUGUUCUGACAAAGCUGUCUGUGUUUCACUGCCGUCUGCCCUGCCCCUUGAUUUUGUCACGUGGUUUUAUUUUAUCUUAACGAUCAGAGGUUUUUCUCCAUGAGUCCGUAUGUAUGUUCGCCCCUGCCUCCCUAAAGCCCCGCCCCCAUGGCCCGUCACUAUAGUAACCCCAGCCCACUGUCUCUGAUGGUCCCUCCCUAGUGUUAAUAUUCAUACCUGGAUCCUUUCGGUUAGACUUGAACUACGGUGUUUAGUAGUAGUGUGUUUAGAUACACUAACGUCGACACUACCACACACUGUUGGCUAGGUGCCUGGGUUUGGUUGCCAUGGUUAGUGUGUAAAGGUUUGGUUGCUGGGUGUGUCGGUUGUUGCCAUAGGGACCUCAUGGUGAGCUCAGAGUUCUAGGAGUGUUGGACUCUCGAAGUGUCAGAGGAGGAAUAGCGAAAGAAGAGGUUGAAGAACGAAUGAGUGCAGUGUUUGUGUGCUAAAUAAGCGCGGUUUACCACCAAUAAUGAUUUAUUAGUGUUAGCCGCGCCACUAACCACCCAGAGCGCGUGUUUGCAUUGCUCUGACCCUUCAGUAGCAUUUGCACCACUAAUGCAUUAGCAUGCUAACGUAGCCCACACCUUGAAUAACAUUAGCACUUGCCCUAAUAUGUUAGCGUGCUAAGUUAGCCUAGCUCAGCCGUAUUUAGACCCCCUGACCACAGAUGUAAUGUAUGUACGCACCUUAACCUGACGCUCCAACGUAUGGAAGCUCUUACCCCUAUAUUAGAUUAUAUUCCCUAUGCUCUGAUUGUAUAUCCCAGCGGGGAGCACUUACUAAUGUAGGAUUCAUUGAUUUAAUAUUGAUUAUUGAUGACCAGACCCCCGACAGUUUGUCUGAGAGAGUUCCCUUGCGACCUAGGAAAUCACUUUGAUCAUUGACCUCAAGGUCUAUUUUAACAUGGCCUUUGUGUUAUGUAAACGAGACCUGUUUGAAUGUGAGUAGGGCUGCACAAUUCAUCCAAAUCGCAAUAUUGACAUGUGCAAUAUCCAUAUCGCAAUAUUUUGCAACCCCACUCAGCCGCGUGUACGGUCUGUUAUUAUCGCUGACUCUGUCGUCCCUCUCCUCUUGCGGCUGCUUCCCACAACGAAGCUCCAACCCCACUCAGCCGCGUGUACGGUCCGUUAUUAUCGCUGACUCUGUCGUCCCUCUCCUCUUGCGGCUGCUUCCCACAACGAAGCUCCGCCCCCUGUCACUCAAGCAGCACAGUUCCUGUUCUGUUAGAUUCACUAGAAGUUUUCAUCCUGAUCUGUUGGGUCAAAUACAGUCAACACAUUGUUCCAAACAAGAAUGAUGCUGCUUUCCACUUUGCUUCUUAAUAUAAAUCAUUAUAUUUCUCUGAUUCCAACUGUGUUUUGAUCGAUCACAAGUCAAAUUGUAAUAUUUGUUAAAUAAAUAAUGUGCCAAUAUGGUGCAGCUCUGGAACGGAGUGAUCUUUAGAGGAAGCCGUUUUAAAAGGAAUCCUCUAGCAGGUCAAAACAUUCAGGCGAUCAGAGAUAGAGGACAUCUUUGUAUCUGUGCCGUUAUUGCAUCUAUGACAGUAUGGGUAGCGCUAUUGAGGCUAGCUCCAUUUUAAAGUAGUCCAUUUUCUUCACAGUUAGCUAAUCGCUCCCAGUUUGACAUGACUUCAACAGGGUCACCAGGAGGGAUCAGCCAAUGAAGUUGGGAGGCCCACCCAGUUGACUACAUUAAAAUGGUGGAAGCCCUCAGUGGUGCUGCCCAGGCUAAUACGGCCUGUUGGCUACUAGAGGCCUCUAUCAUUCUCUAUGGGCCAAGUAUGGUCCCACGUCAGGGAACGGCAGGGUCAGGGCUUAAAGGUCAGAGUGCUGUAGCUGCCAAGCUCCUCUUCUGACUGGCACCUUGUCUAAAUGAACCCAAGGCUGCAUCUCAAAUGGAAUCCCCUGCGUAGUGCACUACUUAUUCUGUUCAUCAGAAGCAGUGCAUAUUGGGGGUUAGGUUGCCUUUAGAGACGAGACCUGAUGAAGUCCCAAAGCAUAGACCCACACCAGCCUUGUCAGCUGGCUGGCCAAUCAGGACAGGACUGGUAGCACCGCCUCCCCAACCCCGCCUGGUGAUGGGUUAGCAGUUUCCACGGUGAUAGCCCAGCAUUCUAAGCUCUUUAUCUAACAGGAAGCACUUCCCCCAAACCACUUAGCCAAUCAGCAGGGGUUUGAGGUGAGAACACUUGAAUGUUCUGCUCACAAUCUAAAGAUCCUAAAUAGUUUUAAUGUUUAAACUCUUUAUGUUGUCAUCAUUAUAGUAGAGGAUAAAGUAUCCCUUUAAUAGGUCUGCUCUGAGACCAAUCAGAGUAUUGACUUGUUUUAAUGUCAGUAGUAGACUACAGAGAGAUAGCAGAGAGGAAUCAGUUGUAAUGUUAGUAGUAGACUACAGGGAGAUAGCAGAGAGGAAUCGGUUUUAAUGUUAGUAGUAGACUACAGAGAGAUAGCAUAGAGGAAUCAGUUUUAAUGUUAGUAGUAGACUACAGAGAGAUAGCAGAGAGGAAUCAGUUUUAAUGUUAGUAGUAGACUACAGAGAGAUAGCAGAGAGGAAUCAGUUGUAAUGUUAGUAGUAGACUACAGGGAGAUAGCAGAGAGGAAUCGGUUUUAAUGUUAGUAGUAGACUACAGAGAGAUAGCAUAGAGGAAUCAGUUUUAAUGUUAGUAGUAGACUACAGAGAGAUAGCAGAGAGGAAUCAGUUUUAAUGUUAGUAGUAGACUACAGAGAGAUAGCAGAGAGGAAUCAGUUGUAAUGUUAGUAGUAGACUACAGGGAGAUAGCAGAGAGGAAUCAGUUGUAAUGUUAGUAGUAGACUACAGGGAGAUAGCAGAGAGGAAUCGGUUUUAAUGUUAGUAGUAGACUACAGAGAGAUAGCAUAGAGGAAUCAGUUUUAAUGUUAGUAGUAGACUACAGAGAGAUAGCAGAGAGGAAUCAGUUUUAAUGUUAGUAGUAGACUACAGGGAGAUAGCAGAGAGGAAUCAGUUGUAAUGUUAGUAGUAGACUACAGAGAGAUAGCAGAGAGGAAUCAGUUUUAAUGUUAGUAGUAGACUACAGAGAGAUAGCAGAGAGGAAUCCUUUUUAAUGUUAGUAGUAGACUACAGGGAGAUAGCAGAGAGGAAUCCUUUUUAAUGUUAGUAGUAGACUACAGAGAGAUAGCAGAGAGGAAUCCUUUUUAAUGUUAGUAGACUACAGAGCGCAGUAGGGUGGAUAUGUCUGCCUGAGAAGAGAGCAGUACUACUGUACGAUCUGUCUGUUGGCCAUCUAUAGAAAUAUCUCAACCAAUGUCUGUCUGAGCAAGGAUAUUCCCUACAUACUGCAGUACUGUUGGGCAGGGCCUAAAGAGCAUCCUAUUCCCUACAUACUGUUGGGCAGGGCCUAAAGAGCAUCCUAUUCCCUACAUACUGUUGGUUAUGGCCUAAAGAGCAUCCUAUUCCCUACAUACUGUUGGGCAGGGCCUAAAGAGCAUCCUAUUUCCUACAUACUGUUGGGCAGGGCCUAAAGAGCAUCCUAUUCCCUACAUACUGUUGGUUAGGGCCUAAAGAGCAUCCUAUUCCCUACAUACUGUUGGUUAGGGCCUAAAGAGCAUCCUAUUCCCUACAUACUGUUGGACAGGGCCUAAAGAGCAUCCUAUUCCCUACAUACUGUUGGGCAGGGCCUAAAGAGCAUUCUAUUCCCUACAUACUGUUGGUAAGUACUGUUGGUAAUUCCUACAGAAUGACUGACUUCAUCGUCUUCGUUCCUGUGAAGAUAGUCUUCAAAAUGAAAGCCAGGGUUUGAUUGAUCAUAAGAUUGUAAGGGUUCCUCAAGAGAGUGGCCCUGCUGCUGAUCUUCAGCCUAAUUGGGGAUGGUUUUCCAUAACAGGGCUCAUAGGGUCAACAGUAGUGCACUUUCUAAGGAAUAGGGUGCCAUGUGGCCCACUGUGUUUAAUGUUUAAAUCUUUCAUAGCCCACCGAUUCCAUCCACUCCACUGAGACAAAACAUACAGGCCUUUUAACUUGUCAACAACAUGAAUGCCAGGGUUUGAUUGAUGGUUGAUUAUUGGUUAUUCAUAGGACUCUACCUCUACAGGACUGUAGGACAACAGUAACACUAUUGGACUGAGUUCUACAGGACUGUAGGACAACAGUAACACUAUUGGACUGAGUUCUACAGGACUGUAGGACAACAGUAACAGUAUUGGACUGAGUUCUACAGGACUGUAGGACAACAGUAACAGUAUUGGACUGAGUUCUACAGGACUGUAGGACAACAGUAACAGUAUUGGACUGAGUUCUACAGGACUGUAGGACAACAGUAACACUAUUGGACUGAGUUCUACAGGACUGUAGGACAACAGUAACAGUAUUGGACUAAGUUCUACAGGUCUGUAGGACAACAGUAACACUAUUGGACUAAGUUCUACAGGACUGUAGGACAACAGUAACAGUAUUGGACUAAGUUCUACAGGACUGUAGGACAACAGUAACAGUAUUGGACUGAGUUCUACAGGACUGUAGGAUAACAGUAACACUAUUGGACUGAGUUCUACAGGACUGUAGGACAACAGUAACAGUAUUGGACUAAGUUCUACAGGACUGUAGGACAACAGUAACACUAUUGGACUGAGUUCUACAGGACUGUAGGACAACAGUAACAGUAUUGGACUGAGUUCUACAGGACUGUAGGACAACAGUAACAGUAUUGGACUGAGUUCUACAGGACUGUAGGACAACAGUAACACUAUUGGACUGAGUUCUACAGGACUGUAGGACAACAGUAACAGUAUUGGACUAAGUUCUACAGGACUGUAGGACAACAGUAACACUAUUGGACUGAGUUCUACAGGACUGUAGGACAACAGUAACAGUAUUGGACUGAGUUCUACAGGACUGUAGGACAACAGUAACACUAUUGGACUGAGUUCUACAGGACUGUAGGACAACAGUAACACUAUUGGACUGAGUUCUACAGGACUGUAGGACAACAGUAACAGUAUUGGACUGAGUUCUACAGGACUGUAGGACAACAGUAACACUAUUGGACUGAGUUCUACAGGACUGUAGGACAACAGUAACAGUAUUGGACUGAGUUCUACAGGACUGUAGGACAACAGUAACACUAUUGGACUAAGUUCUACAGGACUGUAGGACAACAGUAACAGUAUUGGACUAAGUUCUACAGGACUGUAGGACAACAGUAACAGUAUUGGACUGAGUUCUACAGGACUGUAGGACAACAGUAACAGUAUUGGACUAAGUUCUACAGGACUGUAGGACAACAGUAACAGUAUUGGACUAAGUUCUACAGGACUGUAGGACAACAGUAACAGUAUUGGACUGAGUUCUACAGGACUGUAGGACAACAGUAACACUAUUGGACUGAGUUCUACAGGACUGUAGGACAACAGUAACAGUAUUGGACUAAGUUCUACAGGACUGUAGGACAACAGUAACAGUAUUGGACUGAGUUCUACAGGACUGUAGGAUAACAGUAACACUAUUGGACUGAGUUCUACAGGACUGUAGGACAACAGUAACAGUAUUGGACUAAGUUCUACAGGACUGUAGGACAACAGUAACACUAUUGGACUGAGUUCUACAGGACUGUAGGACAACAGUAACAGUAUUGGACUGAGUUCUACAGGACUGUAGGACAACAGUAACAGUAUUGGACUGAGUUCUACAGGACUGUAGGACAACAGUAACACUAUUGGACUGAGUUCUACAGGACUGUAGGACAACAGUAACAGUAUUGGACUAAGUUCUACAGGACUGUAGGACAACAGUAACACUAUUGGACUGAGUUCUACAGGACUGUAGGACAACAGUAACAGUAUUGGACUGAGUUCUACAGGACUGUAGGACAACAGUAACACUAUUGGACUGAGUUCUACAGGACUGUAGGACAACAGUAACACUAUUGGACUGAGUUCUACAGGACUGUAGGACAACAGUAACAGUAUUGGACUGAGUUCUACAGGACUGUAGGACAACAGUAACACUAUUGGACUGAGUUCUACAGGACUGUAGGACAACAGUAACAGUAUUGGACUGAGUUCUACAGGACUGUAGGACAACAGUAACACUAUUGGACUAAGUUCUACAGGACUGUAGGACAACAGUAACAGUAUUGGACUAAGUUCUACAGGACUGUAGGACAACAGUAACAGUAUUGGACUAAGUUCUACAGGACUGUAGGACAACAGUAACAGUAUUGGACUAAGUUCUACAGGACUGUAGGACAACAGUAACAGUAUUGGACUGAGUUCUACAGGUCUGUAGUUGACACAAACAGAAAGGGUGACAGUAUGUCUGCUAAGUAGUCCAAUUACAGCCCAAACUACCGUAGUAGCAUUUACAUAGCCCCCACAGAACAACCGUAACAUCUGAAUAGGGACAGCACUUCAACAUGCGUUUGGAUUUCUGCAGCUCAUGACUGUGUUGUGGGACUGUUUACAAGCAAAUAGAGAGUAUUGAGAUUAAUUCCACAUCAAGUAUUUGGAACAACACUCUUUUAGGGCUAUCUAGCAGACAGAGUUGAACCUAGACUGGAUGGAGAAGAGCCCCAACUGCUCAUAUAAUACCCAGCAUGACUAGACGACUCAUACAUAUACAGUAUAAUACCUUUCACAUGUCAUUACUGUAGUACAAUAAAACGGAGUACUGCAGGUCAUGAGUAUCGCUCUUCAGCCAGGAGGAGUGGUGGGCCUAUUUAUGUCACUCCACUAUCUGACAAAAUUACACACAAGCCUGUCGACUCGUUCCUAACGAUACUUACUCAUAUAUACACACAGUAGUUGUUACCAGCCACCCUCUGUAUGUUUGUGCUAAAGGG